CGUCCUCAGCAGAGCUGCACGCCUGGGCUGGGCGAUCUUUCAGGAGCCAGCUGGGCGGAGCUCUGGUUUUUCCUACCGCAGCCCACAGGCAGAUGCUGCUGAAGCAUGGAGAACGCUGGCGGGGACUGCGGGGUGGAGGCUGCUGGACACCCAAGGCUGUUUCCAGACAGUGGCAGGCUGCUGGGAGACGGGGGCCCCGACUACAGAGCCAUCCAGAGACCCCCCAACCCCUUUAUGGAAGUCAUCGGCUACCAGCGCAAAACAUGGAAGAUGGUCCUCUGCCACCUUUUCUCCUUGCUCACCGUGGGAAUCCCGCUGGUCGUCUUUCACUGGAAGCCGCGUCUCGCUGUCCGCGCCAAAUACACCCGCUGCCAGCUUUCCCAGGCCGACUGGGUGGUCAUCCGAGACCAGACUGGGCAAUAUUUCACAGCACGGGUGCACACCGAACCAGUGGAGGAAAGCGGCCUCGAGCAUCAUCUUUUGAGCGGAAGGGACGAUGGGAGAAACAGCACCGCUAUCGCAGUGUCAGACGACAGCGUCGUUGGAGACACUAUUAGGCUGCAUCCGAAGGAGGCGACGGAGAAAACCGUCAUCCGCUACUACCUCUUUGAAGGCUUGCGCUAUGUCUGGAUUGAAAGAUACCACGAUUACUGCAAGGCCAGCAUCUUGGAUGAAAAUUGGACCUACUCAGACCUCCACCGUUCCCACUGUGGGCUGAGCCCCGAGGAGCAGAGUGCCAGGAAAACUAUUUAUGGACCAAACCGGAUUGAUGUACCAGUUAAGUCUUGUUUCAGGCUGUUGGUAGAUGAGGUCCUGAACCCCUUCUACAUCUUCCAGAUUUUCAGCAUCAGCCUGUGGCUCUACGAAGAGUACUUCUCUUACGCCGUUUGCAUCUUUGUCAUCUCGACCAUCUCGAUCAUGAUCUCUCUCUACGAGACAAAAAAGCAAAGCAGGACUCUGCAGGACAUGGUGAAGAUGUCAGUGGAUGUGAAGAUCCGCAGAGCCUCUGGAGAGGAAGUGACCGUGAGUUCCGCAGACCUUGUGCCAGGUGACUGCAUCAUCGUGCCCGCAGAUGGAACUCUGGUUCCUUGCGAUGCCGCUCUGCUGACGGGGGAAUGCAUGGUCAACGAAAGUAUGCUGACAGGCGAAAGCGUCCCGGUGAUGAAGACCCCCGUGCCCGAAGACCUGCAAGCUUCCAAGACCAUCUAUUCCCCCGAGGAGCACAAACGGUACACGCUGUUCUGUGGGACGCAGGUCAUCCAGGCCAGAUCCUACGUGGGCACCGAGGUCCUAGCGGUGGUGACCCGCACAGGCUUCUGCACGGCCAAAGGAGACCUCAUCAGCUCCAUCCUGUACCCAAAGGCCAUCAACUUCAGAUUUUAUAAGGACGCAGCAAAGUUUGUCCUCUUCCUUGCUGUCCUGGCUUUGAUUGGUACCAUCUACAGCAUCGUCAUCUUGGAAAUCAACCAUGUGGCGAUUGGGCUCAUCAUUGUCCGUGCCCUGGACGUCGUGACGGUGGCCGUCCCCCCGGCCCUGCCAGCCGCCAUGACGGCGAGCAGCAUUUACGCCCAGAGUCGGCUGAAGAAGUGGGGCGUCUUCUGCAUCAGCCCUCCGCGGAUCAACCUCGGCGGGAAGGUCCGCCUGGUCUGCUUCGAUAAGACAGGGACCCUCACGGAGGACGGCCUCGACAUCUGGGGCGUCCUUCCCCAGGAGCACAGCUGCUUCCAGCCCGUCACCCACGAGCUGCGCUGCCUGGCGGACGGGCCGCUGCUCGCCUGCCUGACCACGUGCCACACGGUUUCGCUGCUCCGAGAUCAGCCCAUCGGAGACCCCGUCGACCUCAAGAUGCUGGAAUCCACCGGCUGGUCCAUGGAGGAUGUGGAAGGGGAGGCCGCGGAGGCACACAUGGCCGAGCGCUUUGGGACCCGGGCCCUGGUGGUGAUGAACCCUCCGCCGCUGGGAGAGCAGCCCCACGGCACGAAACACACGGCCUCCUUGGCCGUCCUCCGCCGCUUCCCCUUCUCCUCGUCCCUGCAGAGAAUGUGCGUCAUCGCGAAGCCCCCGGGCAGGGGCCCUUCGGAGGCGUACAUGAAGGGGUCUCCGGAGAUGGUGGCCAGCCUCUGCAAGAAGGACUCGGUCCCUGCAGAUUUCUCCCAGAUGCUGCACCAUUAUGCCAGCGACGGGUUCCGCAUCCUGGGGCUGGCCCACAAAUGCCUUCCUGCUGUCGGGACCUUCGAAGAAGCCCAGGCGGAGACGAGGGACUCGGUGGAGAGUGGGAUGGUCUUCCUUGGGUUCCUGGUGAUGAAGAACGUCCUCAAGCCCGAAACCGCUCCGGUGAUCCAUUUGCUGCGGAACGCAGAGAUUCGGACCGUCAUGGUGACAGGAGACAACAUGCUGACGGCCGUGAACGUGGCCAAGAGCUGCCGGAUGGUGGAAGCGAAGGAGCGCGUGGUCUUCGUGAACGCUGCUCCGCCCAGCCACACCAAGCCGGCAGCCCUCAAAUUCACCCCCUACCAUCAGUCCACGGGGCAGCUAGAGGGGGCCUACCAGGAGGAGCGCUCCUUCCUGGAACAGCAUCCGUGCCACCUGGCUCUGAACGGGAAAUCCUUCGCUGUGGUCUGCGAGCAUUUCCCGAACCACCUGCCAAAGAUUUUGGUCCGGGCGACAAUUUUUGCCCGGAUGUUGCCCGAUCAGAAAACCCUCCUGGUUCGCAGCUUUCAGGGUCUGGGCUACUGUGUGGGGAUGUGUGGGGACGGUGCCAAUGACUGUGGGGCCCUGAAGGCGGCUGAUGUGGGGAUCUCGCUGUCCGAAGCGGAAGCCUCAGUAGCGUCGCCGUUCACCUCCAGGAUCCCCAACAUCGAGUGCGUGCCCGUCGUUAUUCGGGAAGGCAGAGGCAGCUUGGUGACCGCUUUCGGAGUCUUCAAGUACAUGGCUCUCUACAGCCUCAUCCAGUUUGUCUCUGUGCUUCUCCUCUACACGAUAAACACCAACCUGGGCGAUAUGCAGUUCCUUUUCUUCGACCUGAUCGUUACAUCCACAGUGACCGUGUUGAUGGGCCGGACGGCCCCGGCGAAAGAGCUGAGCCCGGCACGCCCGCAAGGGGCGCUGAUCAACGUGGCCGUCUUGGGCAGCCUCCUCCUCCAGACGGGGCUCCUGAUUACCAUCCAGGUCAUCAGUUUCUUCAUCCUUGCCUACCAGCCAUGGUACAUCCCGCUCAAUGGAACCGUCACGGCUCCUGAGAAUCUCCCAAACUAUGAAAACACGGUUGUAUUCUGCAUCUCAGGGUUCCAGUAUCUCAUCCUGGCCAUCGUCAUGUCGAAGGGCUACCCCUUCCGGAAGCCCCUCUACACAAAUGUGUUCUUCUUAAUCGCCCUAAUUGUUCUUUUCGGCCUGAUGAUCUGGUUAACCCUUUCCCCGCUGCCCUUCAUGGCAUCGUGGAUGCAGCUGAAAGCCAUCGGUGACUUGAACUUCAAGCUGCUCCUGUUGGGGAUGGCCACACUCCACUUCUUCACAGCCUUCGUUUUGGAGACGGGCAUAGAUCGCGGCCUGCUGAACUGCUUGCAGAAGCUCUGCCGCAAGAAGGUCUCCAAGAAGGAGUUCAAGGAGGUGGAGAAAGAACUCAGCCGGCAGCAGGCGCCCUGGCCGCCGCUUGAUGAGCCACUCUUCGCCACUGCCAAGAUCUCCAUCGCGACCAGAUGACGCUGGCCUGCCCCCAGUGCCAAUGGCUGGGAAGGCUCCGGGUGGACUCCAAAGACUUGUGCCUCUCCCCUCCCAGGACCUUUUAAUUUAUUUCUGUCGGUAGCAACACUGUCCCUUGUUGAUCCUCCAUCCCAGUUGGCAAUAAGAGCUGUGAACCUCUUCAACCCUGCACUCACAUCUGGUGGGGAGCUGUUCCAGUGGUCCCUCUUCCCCCUGAAGAAGAGACACUUCUGAAGGUCGCUCGGGUUGUCCUCGCCGCCCCCAGCCUUCUCCACCCUGAGCCAAGCUGCUGCCAAAUUCCCCUUCCAUUCCCCCAGCCAGAGAAGAUCGGCUGUACUGGAAGGCGGCUUGACCUGGCUCCGGUGUGCCCUGGGCCAGAGAUCUGCAGGCGAAGCUUCUGCAGCUGCUGCAGGAAGGCCUGAGGUAUUCACGACGCCACUAGUGUAUGCCAGUCAGUGCUACACCCCUCAGCCCCGCUGGGCUUUGUUUUGGAGUACAGAACCCCACCUGGGUUCUGGAUUCCUUUCCGGAGGCCUCAGCAGUACUCCAGAACCAAUAUUCAGAUCUGCCGAACGGCUUCCAGCGUGGAGCCGAGCUGAUCUGCCCAUCCCACGUGGAGCAGUGUGGGCGUGGCGUGGGGCCCCCUUGCACCCCGUCCUCUGCCUUUGCCCCAUGGCAUAGUUUUAUUUAGUGUGGCUGCUAAGAGACAGCUGGCGUGGGGCCUUACGGGAGCAGGGGGGUUCCUUUUGUGACUUCUGUUUGCCCUGCCAGGAGAGAGGGCGCCUUUUGCACUCGCCUCCCAAGGACUGCGUGGCCCGCGGGUAGAGCCGCUGGGUUGGAUGGAGGACUGAGCCCCCUGUGUCUCUUGCGUCGUUGCAGAGAGAGGAGAAUUUGGGCCUGUGCACCUUCUCCCAGGACUGGAGAAGCAGGGCCAGCUGAGACCCUCGCCAGGGGCCAACCUGUAUCCAAUCCAGAAAACCUUCCCGGGGGGGGGAGCAGAGAGCGUCCCUUUGCAUCUGCCAACUCUUUUGCGAAUCUGCCCGUGUGCCGUCGACUCUGAGCCGGGAUGGCUCUGGAGAGCAGCCGUGGUGCGGUUCCCAGGCAGGCAGAUGGCUUUUCACUGGAAAAUGUACCUGAAAGGCUCUACUCACCCAGCUCCAUCCCUGUGGGCUGGGGACGGCUGUAACCGGUCGCGAUCCGUAUCACCCUGCAAGGAGAUCUGCUUCAUCCAGGGGUUGUGUGUGUGUGUGUGUGUGUGUGUGUGUUUGUGUGUUUGUGUUUUUAGGAGGACUAUAUAUAUAUAUUUCCCCCCCAAAGGGCAUUCUGUGAAAGGAUGUGUGUGACUAGGAAGAGAUGAUGUCCGGUCUGUCUUUGUGUGUUUGUGGGCGAGGUUUACAAUAAAAGAGAUAUU